AUGAUUCAGACUAAUGUAGAAAAUAAAUUACCGUCAAAUAUUGAUAUUUCACAAUUAAGAACGGUUCUUGAACGAUUCAUGUCAUAUCCAGACUCGAGAAUCAAAGAUUUCUUAGUUGAACGUGAAAUUCGAAGAAUUCAAAUUCAAGCACAAAUAUUUAAAAACUUAACAAUAUUUUCUAUUGAUCGAAGUAAAUCUUUGUCCAAAUCUUACGAAUUUUUAUUUAAAGGAUUUGAAAAAGAUAAAUCAUCAUUUCGUGGUUUGAAAAAUACAUUUCUUCAAAAUUCAAAUUCUAUCGGUUCGCUUUUAAAUUCAGAACUAACAAUUACAAAGAUGUUUCAAGAAU